ACAGAGAGAGGAGGAAGAGGAAGAGACGGAGGGAAGCGGGAGAUUUUUCUUGACUGCCCCCUUUCCUUCAAACAUUUUAUAGGCUUCAGGGAGAGAGAGGAGGAGGAGAGAGGGAAGGAAAAAGAGGAGCGCGAGAGGGGUAGAGAGCGCGCGCCGUUGCCUCCCGAGUCCCCGAGCUGCCGGAGGAGUCUGGAUUGUGUCCCCAGUGUCAGAUGAAAGGGCGCUGAGGCUCGCGGCCGCCGUCCCGCGCCCCGCGCCGCGCACGCCCCUCUGCGAGCCCGGCCGCCGAGCGUCUCUCCGCGCCGGGGCGGCCGCUCCGUCUCCAGCGCGAUGUGGCCGCGCCUGGCCUUUUGUUGCUGGGGUCUGGCGCUCGUUUCGGGCUGGGCGACCUUUCAGCAGAUGUCCCCGUCGCGCAAUUUCAGCUUCCGCCUCUUCCCCGAGGCCGCGCCCGGGGCCCCGGGGCGGCUGCCCGCGCCGCCCGCGCCCGGCGAGGACGCGGCGGAGAGCAAAGUGGAGCGGCUGGGCCAGGCGUUCCGGCGCCGCGUGCGGCGGCUGCGGGAGCUCAGCGAGCGCCUGGAGCUCGUCUUCCUGGUGGACGAGUCGUCCAGCGUGGGCCAAGGCAACUUCCUCAGCGAGCUCAAGUUCGUCCGCAAGCUGCUGUCCGACUUCCCCGUGGUGCCCACGGCCACGCGCGUGGCCAUCGUGACCUUCUCGUCCAAGAACAACGUGGUGCCGCGCGUCGAUUACAUCUCCUCCCGCCGCGCGCACCAGCACAAGUGCGCGCUGCUCAGCCAAGAGAUCCCGGCCAUCACCUACCGCGGCGGCGGCACCUACACCAAGGGCGCCUUCCAGCAAGCCGCGCAAAUUCUUCGUCAUUCUAGAGAAAACUCAACAAAAGUUAUAUUUCUCAUUACUGAUGGAUAUUCCAACGGGGGAGAUCCUAGACCCAUUGCAGCAUCGCUGCGAGAUUUUGGAGUGGAGAUCUUCACUUUUGGCAUAUGGCAAGGAAACAUUCGAGAACUGAAUGACAUGGCUUCCACCCCAAAGGAGGAACACUGCUACUUGCUCCACAGUUUUGAAGAAUUUGAGGCUUUAGCUCGCCGGGCAUUGCAUGAAGAUCUGCCUUCUGGGAGUUUUAUUCAAGAGGAUAUGUCCCAUUGCUCGUAUCUGUGUGAAGCCGGCAAAGACUGCUGUGACCGAAUGGCAAGCUGCAAAUGCGGGACACACACAGGUCAAUUUGAGUGCAUCUGUGAAAAGGGGUAUUAUGGGAAAGGUCUACAGUAUGAGUGCACAGCUUGCCCAUCAGGGACAUACAAACCAGAAGGUUCGCCGGGAGGAAUCAGCACUUGCCUUCCAUGUCCUGAUGAAAAUCACACCUCUCCACCGGGAAGUACGUCCCCUGAAGACUGUGUCUGCAAGGAGGGAUAUCAGGCAUCCGGCCAGACCUGCAAAGUUGUCCACUGCCCUGCCCUGAGGCCUCCUGAAAACGGUUAUUUUAUCCACAACACUUGCAACAACCACUUUAAUGCAGCCUGUGGGGUCCGAUGUCACCCUGGAUUUGACCUCGUGGGAAGCAGCAUCCUCUUGUGUCUACCCAAUGGUUUGUGGUCUGGUUCAGAGAGCUCCUGCAGAGUAAGAACAUGCCCUCGUCUCCGCCAACCCAAACAUGGCCGGAUAAGCUGUUCUGCGGGGGAAAUGUCCUACAAGACCACGUGUUUGGUUACCUGUGAUGAAGGGUACAGACUAGAAGGAAGUGCUAAGCUCACCUGUCAAGGAAAUGCCCAGUGGGAUGGUCUAGAACCCCGGUGUGUUGAGCGCCACUGCUCCACCUUUCAGAAGCCCAAAGGUGUCAUCAUAUCCCCCCCUAACUGUGGCAGGCAGCCAGCCAAACCUGGGAUGAUUUGUCAGCUAAGUUGCCGCCAAGGGUUCGUUUUAUCUGGUGUCAGAGAAGAAGUGAGAUGUACCACCUCUGGAAAAUGGAGUGCCAAAGUUCAGACAGCUGUCUGUAAAGAUGUGGAGGCUCCUCAAAUCAACUGUCCUAAGGACAUAGAGGCUAAGACUCAGGAACAGCAAGACUCUGCUAAUAUCACCUGGCAAAUCCCAACAGCUAAAGACAACUCUGGGGAAAAGGUGUCAGUCCACGUUCAUCCAGCUUUUACCCCACCUUACCUUUUUCCAAUUGGAGAUGUUGCUAUCACAUACACAGCAACUGACCUAUCCAGUAACCAAGCCAGCUGCACUUUCCAUAUCAAAGUUAUUGAUGUAGAACCACCGAGCAUAGACUGGUGCAGAUCCCCACCUCCAAUCCAGGUCUCGGAGAAGGAGCAUGCUGCAACCUGGGAUGAGCCUCAGUUCUCAGACAACUCAGGGGCUGUAUUGGUCAUCACCAGAAGUCAUACACCAGGAGAUCUUUUCCCUCAUGGGGAGACUGUGGUGCAGUAUACAGCCACUGACCCCUCAGGCAAUAACAGAACAUGUGACAUCCACAUUGUCAUAAAAGGUUCACCCUGUGAAGUUCCAUUCACACCUGUAAAUGGAGAUUUUAUAUGUACUCAAGGUAGUGCUGGAGUGAACUGCACAUUAAGUUGCCUGGAGGGCUAUGAUUUCACAGAAGGCUCUACUGAAAAGUAUUAUUGUGCCUAUGAAGAUGGUAUCUGGAAACCGCCAUAUUCCACAGAAUGGCCAGACUGUGCUAUAAAACGUUUUGCAAAUCAUGGGUUCAAGUCCUUUGAGAUGCUAUACAAAGCAACUCGUUGUGAUGACACAGAUCUGUUGAAGAAGUUUUCUGAAGCAUUUGAGACUACCCUGGGGAAAAUGGUCCCAUCAUUUUGUAGUGAUGCUGACGACAUUGACUGCAGACUGGAGGACCUGACCAAAAAAUAUUGCCUCGAAUAUAAUUAUGAUUAUGAAAAUGGCUUUGCAAUUGGACCGGGUGGUUGGGGCGCAGCUAAUAGACUGGAUUACUCUUACGAUGACUUCUUGGACGCCGUGCAAGAAACUCCCACUGGCAAAGCCAGAUCGUCACGGAUCAAAAGAAAUGCCGCAUUGUCUGACCACAAAAUCAAGUUAAUUUUUAACAUCACAGCUAGUGUGCCAUUACCCGAUGAAAGAAAUGAUACCCUUGAAUUGGAAAAUCAGCAACGACUCAUUAAGACAUUGGAAACUAUCACAAAUCGACUGAAAAGGACUCUCAAUAAGGAGCCCAUGUAUUCCUUUCAGCUUGCGUCUGAAAUGCUUGUAGCUGACAGCAAUUCCUUAGAAACAGAAAAGGCUUUCCUCUUCUGCAGACCAGGCUCAGUGCUGAGAGGGCGUAUGUGUGUCAACUGCCCCUUGGGAACCUAUUAUUCUCUGGAGCAUUCUGUCUGUGAAAGCUGCUUAAUGGGAUCCUAUCAAGAUGAAGAAGGGCAACUCGAGUGCAAACUCUGUCCACCUGGGACUUACACAGAGUAUCUCCAUUCAAGAAGCAGCUCUGAGUGUAAAGCUCAGUGUAAACAAGGCACCUACUCAUCAAAUGGGCUUGAAACCUGUGAAUCGUGUCCACUGGGCAGUUAUCAGCCAGCAUUUGGUUCCCGGAGCUGCCUCUUCUGUCCAGAAAACACUUCAACUGUGAAGAGAGGAGCCGUGGACAUUGCUGCUUGUGGAGCACAAAAGAAGUACAAGACUUGGUCCCAGGUCCCAACAUUAAUAAACAUGUGGCUUCAUGAUAUGGUUUUCCAUGAAUGUUUCUUAAACCCCUGCCACAAUAGUGGAACCUGCCAACAACUUGGGCGUGGUUACGUCUGUCUCUGUCCAUCUGGAUAUACAGGCUUAAAGUGUGAAAUAGACAUUGAUGAAUGCAGCUCGCUGCCAUGCCUCAACAAUGGAAUUUGUAGAGACAGAGUUGGGGAGUUCGUCUGUGAAUGCCCACCUGGUUACACAGGUCAACUGUGUGAAGAAAAUAUAAAUGAGUGUAGCUCCAAUCCUUGUUUAAAUAAAGGAACCUGCGUGGAUGGCUUGGCUGGCUAUCGCUGCACAUGCGUGAAAGGAUACAUAGGCCCGCACUGCGAAACAGAAGUCAAUGAAUGCCAGUCAAGUCCGUGCUUAAAUAAUGCAGUCUGUGAAGACCAGGUUGGGGGGUUCUUGUGCAAAUGCCUGCCUGGAUUUUUGGGUACCCGGUGUGAAAAAAACAUAGAUGAGUGUCUCAGUCAACCAUGCAAAAAUGGAGCUACCUGUAAAGAUGGUGCCAAUAGCUUCAGGUGCCAGUGUGCAGCAGGCUUCACGGGGCCUCACUGUGAAUUGAACAUCAAUGAAUGUCAGUCCAACCCAUGUAGAAAUCAGGCCACCUGUGUGGAUGAAUUAAACUCAUACAGUUGUAAAUGUCUGCCAGGAUUUUCAGGGAGCAGGUGUGAAACAGAACAGUCUACAGGUUUUAACCUGGAUUUUGAAGUUUCCGGUAUCUAUGGUUACGUCAUGCUGGACGGCGUGCUUCCAUCUCUCCGUGCUGUGACCUGCACGUUCUGGAUGAAAUCCUCUGACACCACCAACUACGGAACACCCAUCUCCUAUGCACUUGAGAAUGGCAGUGACAAUACCUUCCUCCUGACUGAUUAUAAUGGCUGGGUUCUUUAUGUGAAUGGCAAGGAAAAGAUAACAGACUGUCCGGCCGUGAAUGAUGGCAGCUGGCAUCAUAUUGCAAUCACUUGGACAAGUACUGAUGGAGCCUGGAAAGUCUAUAUUGAUGGGAAAUUAUCUGACGGUGGUGUGGGCCUUUCUAUUGGUUCGGCCAUACCUGGCGGUGGUGCCUUAGUUCUUGGGCAAGAACAAGACAAAAAAGGAGAGGGAUUCAACCCAGCUGAGUCUUUUGUGGGCUCCAUAAGCCAGCUCAACCUCUGGGACUAUGUCCUGUCUCCACAGCAGGUGAAAUCGCUGGCUACCUCAUGCCCAGAGGAACUCAAUAAAGGAAACGUGUUAGCCUGGCCUGAUUUCCUGUCAGGAAUUGUGGGGAAAGUGAAGAUCGAUUCCAAGAGCAUAUUCUGUUCUGAUUGCCCACCUUUAGAAGGAUUGGUACCUCAUCUGCGAACUGCAUCGGCAAACUUCAAGCCAGGCUCCAGAAUCAGUCUGUUCUGUGAUCCAGGCUUCCAAAUGGUCGGCAACCCUGUGCAGUACUGUCUGAACCAAGGACAGUGGACACACCCACUCCCUCACUGUGAACGCAUUAGCUGUGGGGUGCCACCCCCUUUGGAGAAUGGCUUUUAUUCAGCUGAGGACUUUCAUGCUGGCAGCACCGUGACCUACCAGUGCAACAAUGGCUACUAUUUAUUGGGUGAUUCAAGGAUGUUCUGUACAGAUAAUGGGAGCUGGAAUGGCAUUUCACCAUCAUGCCUUGACGUUGAUGAAUGUGCCGUUGGGUCAGAUUGUAGUGAGCAUGCUUCCUGCCUGAAUACGAAUGGAUCCUACAUUUGCUCAUGUAUCCCGCCCUACACAGGAGAUGGUAAAAACUGUGCAGAACCUAUAAAAUGUAAGGCUCCAGGAAAUCCAGAAAAUGGCCGCUCUUCUGGUGAGAUUUAUACAGUGGGUGCUGAAGUCACAUUUUCGUGUGAAGAAGGACAUCAGCUAAUGGGAGUGACCAAAAUCACGUGUUUGGAGUCUGGAGAAUGGAGUCAUCUGAUGCCGUAUUGUGAAGCUGUUUCCUGUGGUACACCAGCUAUUCCAGAAAAUGGUGGUAUUGAUGGAUCAGCAUUUACCUUUGGCAAUACAGUCAUAUAUAGGUGUAAUAAAGGAUAUACUCUGGAUGGUGAUAAAGAAUCAUCCUGUCUUGCUAGCGGUUCUUGGAGUCACUCUCCUCCUGUGUGUGAACUAGUCAAGUGUUCUAGCCCUGAAAACAUAAAUAAUGGGAAAUAUAUUUUAAGUGGGCUUACCUACCUUUCUACUGCAUCGUAUUCGUGUGAGAGUGGAUACAGCUUACAGGGCACUUCCGUCAUUGAAUGCUCCGCGUCAGGCAGCUGGGACAGAGCGCCACCUACCUGUCAUCUUGUCUUCUGUGGAGAGCCACCGGCCAUCAAAGAUGCUGUCAUCACUGGGAGUAACUUCACGUUUGGGAACACUGUCACUUACACUUGCAAAGAAGGCUACACCCUUGCUGGUCCUGACAUCAUUGAAUGCCUGGCCAGUGGCGAGUGGAGUGGAAGUAACCAACAGUGCCUGGCUGUCUCCUGUGAUGAGCCCCCCAACGUGGAACACGCCUCUCCAGAGACUGCCCAUCGGUUAUUUGGAGACAUUGCAUUCUACUACUGCUCAGAUGGUUACAGCCUGGCAGACAAUUCCCAGCUCCUCUGCAAUGCCCAGGGCAAGUGGGUUCCUCCAGAAGGUCAAGACAUGCCCCGUUGUAUAGCUCAUUUCUGUGAAAAACCCCCAUCUGUUUCCUACAGCAUUUUGGAAUCUGUGAGCAAAGCAAAAUUUGCAGCAGGCUCAGUUGUAAGCUUCAAAUGCAUGGAAGGUUUCGUACUGAACACCUCAGCAAAGAUUGAAUGUAUGAGAGGUGGGCUGUGGAACCCUUCCCCCUUGUCCAUCCAGUGCAUCCCCGUGCGCUGCGGAGAGCCACCGAGCAUCAUGAAUGGCUAUGCAAGUGGAUCAAACUACAGUUUUGGGGCCAUGGUGGCUUAUAGCUGCAACAAGGGGUUCUAUGUCAAAGGGGAAAAGAAGAGUACCUGUGAAGCCACGGGACAGUGGAGUAGCCCCACACCCACAUGCCACCCUGUAUCUUGCAAUGAACCGCCUAAGGUUGAGAAUGCCCUUCUGGAGCAUGCAACUGGCAGGAUCUUUGAGAGUGAAGUGAGGUAUCGGUGUAAUCCAGGCUAUAAGUCGGUUGGAAGUCUUGUAUUUGUCUGCCAAGCCAAUCGCCACUGGCACAGUGAAUCCCCUCUGUCGUGCAUCCCUCUCAACUGUGGAAAACCUGCUCCAAUCCAGAAUGGCUACAUGAAAGGAGAAAAUUUUGAAGUAGGGUCCAAGGUUCAGUUUUUCUGUAAUGAGGGUUAUGAGCUUAUUGGUGAUAGUUCUUGGACAUGCCUGAAAUCUGGCAAAUGGAAUAAGAAGCCAAACCAAAAGUGUGUGCCCACCAAAUGCCCAGAGCCGCCCCUCCUGGAAAACCAGCUCGUAUUGAAGGAGUUGACUACUGAGGUGGGAGUGGUGAUGUUUUCCUGUAAAGAAGGGCAUGCUCUACAGGGCCCCUCUGUCCUGAAAUGCUUGCCAUCCCAGCAAUGGAAUGAUUCUUUUCCUGUUUGUCAGAUGGUUCUUUGUCUCCCACCUCCCCUAAUUUCCUUUGGUGUUCCUGCACCUUCUUCUGCUCUUCAUUUCGGAAGUACUGUCAAGUAUUCUUGCGUGGAUGGGUUUUUCCUAAGAGGAGAUCCUACCACUUUCUGCCAAGCUGAUGGUACCUGGAGCUCACCACUGCCAGAAUGUGUUCCAGUAGAAUGCCCCCAACCUGAAGAAAUCCUCAAUGGCAUCAUUGAUGUGCAAGGUCUUGCCUAUCUCAGCACAGCUCUGUAUACCUGCAAGCCAGGCUUUGAGUUGGUAGGAAAUACUACCACUCUUUGUGGAGAAAAUGGUCACUGGCUUGGAGGAAAACCAACAUGUAAACCCAUUGAGUGCCGAAAGCCCAAGGAGAUUUUGCAUGGCAAAUUGUCUUACACAAACCUACACUAUGGGCAAACCAUUACAUACUCUUGUGACCGAGGCUUCAGGCUUGAAGGUCCCAAAGCCUUGACUUGUUUGGAGACAGGUAAUUGGGAUGUGGAUGUCCCAUCUUGCAAUGCCAUCCACUGUAAUCCCCCACAACCCAUUGAAAAUGGUUUUGUAGAAGGUGCAGAUUACAGCUAUGGUGCCAUGAUCAUCUACAGCUGCAUCCCUGGGUUCCAGGUAGCUGGUCAUGCCAUGCAGACCUGUGAAGAGUCAGGAUGGUCAAGCUCCAUCCCAACGUGUGUACCUGUAGACUGUGGUCUCCCACCUCACAUUGAUUUUGGAGACUGUACUAAGGUCAAAGAUGGUCAGGCGUAUUUUGACCAAGAAGAAGACACAAUGGAAGUUCCAUAUCUGACUCCUCACCCUCCUCAUCCUCUGGGAGCAGUGGCUAAAACCGGGAAAAACACAAAGGGAUCUCCUGCUACACAAUCAGCAAACUUUCUGUAUGGCACCAUGGUUUCAUACACCUGUAAUCCAGGAUAUGAACUUUUGGGGAACCCUAUGCUGAUCUGCCAGGAAGAUGGAACUUGGAAUGGCAGUGCACCAUCCUGCAUUUCAAUUGAAUGUGACUUGCCCGUUGCUCCUGAAAAUGGCUUUUUGCAUUUUACGGAGACUACCAUGGGCAGCGCUGCAAAAUAUAGCUGCAAACCAGGACACGUUCUGGUGGGCUCUGACAUAAGACUUUGUCUACAAAAUAGAGAGUGGAGUGGUACUUCCCCACACUGUGAGGCCAUUUCAUGCAAAAAACCAAAUCCGGUUAUGAAUGGCUCCAUCAAAGGAAGCAACUACACAUACCUGAGCGUGUUGUAUUAUGAGUGUAAUUCUGGGUAUGUGUUGAAUGGCACUGAGAGGAGAACAUGCCAAGAAAAUAAAAAUUGGGAUGAGAGUGAGCCAACUUGCAUUCCUGUGGACUGUGGUUCACCCCCAAUCUUAGCCAAUGGCCAGGUGAAAGGAGACGAGUAUACAUUCCAAAAAGAGAUUGAGUACGCUUGCAAUGUAGGGUUCUUACUUGAGGGAGCCAGGAGUCAUGUUUGUCUUGCCAAUGGAAGUUGGAGUGGAGCCACUCCCAUGUGUGUGCCUGUCAGAUGUACCACCCCACCACAGGUGGCAAAUGGGGUGAUGGAUGGCCUGGACUAUGGCUUCGGGAAGGAAGUGAUGUUCCACUGUCAGGAGGGCUACGUGUUGCAUGGUGCUCCAAAACUCACCUGUCAGUCAGAUGGGACCUGGAAUGCAGAGGUUCCUCUCUGUAAACCAGUCAACUGUGGACCUCCAGAAGAUCUUGCCCAUGGCUUCCCUAAUGGCUUUUCCUUUUAUCAUGGAGGCCAUAUACAGUAUCAGUGCUUUCCCGGUUAUAAGCUCCAUGGAAGUCCUUCAAGAAAAUGUCUCUCCAAUGGCUCCUGGAGUGGCAGCCCACCUUCCUGCCAGCCUUGCAGGUGUUCCACACCAGUAAUUCAAAAUGGAGCUGUCAACGGGACAGAUUUUGACUGUGGAAAGGCAACCCAGAUUCAGUGCUUCAAAGGCUUCAAGCUCCUGGGCCUUUCUGAAAUCACCUGUGAAACCAAUGGCCAGUGGAGCUCUGGCUUCCCACGCUGUGAACACGCUUCUUGUGGUUCUCUCCCAAUGAUACCAAAUGCAUUCAUCAGUGAGAGUGACUCUUUAGAGGAAAAUGUGAUAACUUACAACUGCAGACCUGGUUAUGUCAUACAAGGCAGUUCAGAUCUGAUUUGUACAGAGAAAGGGACUUGGAGCCAGCCUUAUCCAGUCUGUGAGCCCCUGUCCUGUGGACCACCACCAUCUGUUGCCAAUGCAGUGGCAACUGGAGAGGCACACACCUAUGAAAGUAAAGUGAAACUCAGGUGUCUGGAAGGUUAUAUGAUGGAUACAGAUGUAGAUACAUUCACCUGUCAGAAAGAUGGUCAUUGGUUCCCUGAGAGAAUCUCCUGCAGUCCUAAAAAAUGUUCUCUGCCAGCAAACAUAACACAUAUACUUGUUCAUGGGGAUGAUUUCAGUGUGACUAAGCAAGUUUCUGUGUCAUGUGCAGAAGGGUAUACCCAUGUGGGGGUUAACAUAGCAACAUGUCAGCUUGAUGGCACCUGGGAGCCACCAUUUUCUGAUGAAUCCUGCAGUCCAGUUUCUUGUGGGGAACCUGAAAGUCCAGAGCAUGGAUUUGUGGUUGGCAGUAAAUACACUUUUGAAAGCACAGUUAUUUAUCAGUGUGAACCUGGCUAUGAAUUAGAGGGGAACGGAGAACGCACCUGUCAAGAGAACGGGCAGUGGAGUGGAGGCGUAGCAACGUGCAAAAAGGCCAGGUGUGAAGCUCCGCUUGGGUUUCUGAACGGGAAAGCUGAAGUUGAAAACACCACCUCUGGACCCAGCGUGGCGUAUUCCUGCAACAGAGGCUAUAGCCUUGAUGGGGCACCUGAGGCCUACUGCACUGAAAAUGGAACUUGGAGCCACCCAGUUCCUCUCUGCAAACCAAAUCCAUGCCCUGUCCCUUUUGUGAUCCCCGAGAACGCUCUGCUUUCUGAAAAGGAGUUUUAUGUUGAUCAGAAUGUGUCUAUCAAGUGUAGGGAAGGCUUCCUGCUCCAGGGCCAAGGGGUCAUUACCUGCAACCCCGAUGAGACGUGGACUCAGACAAGUGCCAGAUGUGAAAAAAUCUCAUGUGGUCCACCAACUCAUGUAGAAAAUGCGAUUGCUCGAGGCGUACAUUAUCAGUAUGGGGACAUGAUCACCUACUCGUGUUACAGUGGAUACAUGUUGGAGGGUUCCCUAAGGAGUGUUUGCCUAGAGAAUGGAACCUGGACAUCACCUCCUAUUUGCAGAGCUGUCUGUCGAUUCCCAUGUCAGAAUGGAGGUAUCUGCCAACGCCCAAAUGCUUGUUCCUGUCCAGACGGCUGGAUGGGGCGCCUCUGUGAAGAACCGAUAUGCAUUCUUCCCUGUCUGAACGGUGGUCGCUGUGUGGCCCCUUAUCAGUGUGACUGCCCCUCUGGUUGGACGGGGUCCCGCUGUCAUACAGCUGUUUGCCAGUCUCCCUGCUUAAAUGGUGGAAAAUGCGUAAGACCGAACCGAUGCCAUUGUCUCUCGACUUGGACAGGACAUGACUGUUCCAGGAAAAGGAGGACUGGGUUUUAACCACUGCACAACCAACCAGCUCUCCUAAAAGCAGGAUCAUCUCUUCCUGGUAGUCCUGGGCAUCCUGGAACUUACACAAAGGAAUUCCAACACGGUGCUGGGUCUUGUUUUGUUCAGUAAACUUGUUAUUUUGGGUAUACCUUUUUAUUUUGUGUUCUAUUUUGUUAUUCCUUGUGACAUACUUUCUUACAUGUUUCCAUUUUUGAAAAUGCCUGUAUUUUCUAUAUAAAAAUAUAUUAAAUAGAUGCUGCUCCACUCUCA